AAUUGCAGAUUGAAGAAAGAGAAAAUAAAAAUGUCAUCUUGGUUCUCUCUUCCUCUUCCAAAUCCUUUCAAAUUCGAUGACGACGGCGACGGCGCCGGCGGUGAAAAACCCUCAUCACCGGCGGCGAAGGGUUCCGAUCCCAAUUCAUCCGGCAUAAAGGAAGACUUCUCAGCCAUCUCCCAGACUUUCUCACAGCAUCUUCGCGGUGUCGCUGCCUUUCUUGCGCCGACAUCGCCAACUCAGUCGGAGCAAGAAUCGUCAGCUGAAAAAUUUAGUGGAAUCAAGAGUGAUUUAGUGGAGAUUGGAGAUAGCUUUAAAUCGGGUUUAUCUUUGUUUUCUUCAAACAAAACUGUUUCAGAGAUUUCCAAGUUGGCUUCCAAUUUUUUACAGUUUGGUGAUGAGUCAGUUGAUCAUGAAAAUGCUGAAGAUGAAGAUGGAGAUGACGAUUAUGAUGAUGAUGAUGAUGAAGAGGAAGUUGUAGGUAUUACGGAUGACGUUGUGGAUUUUGUUAGCACAAUCUCACGACGGCCACAGUUGUGGACUGAUUUUCCACUCUCUCUACCCAGUGAUUUUUCCAUGUCUGAUAGUCAGAAAGAACAUGUGGCAUCUAUUGUGCAGUUUGUGCCUGGACUUGAGUCCUUGAGGCAGAUGGUUUGCCAUGAAUUAUCUGAUCUGCAAUUUUGGAUGAUCUAUUUCGUUUUAUUGCUUCCAAGGUUGAGUGGGAAUGACUUGGAGCUGUUGUCAACUCCUGAGAUUGUUGAAGUAAGGGAGACACUUCUGCAGCAGCUGCAAAGUAAGAAAGAUCCACAGCCAGAAGAAUCUAAGGACUCUGAGACUGUUGAUGCAUCUGAGAAGGAUGUCAAGAUCAGUGGACAGCACGCGUCUGAAAGUAAAAAAUUGGAAGAGAAAAAUAUUUCAGAGGAGACAGCAAAUGUCUCUCAAGAUAAAGACAGUUUUCAUGACGAGAAACGUCAAGAACAGUUAGAAGAUGAAAAGACCAAAGGUACAAUCUCAUAUGCUGACAAGAACGAGGACGACGUUUCUUUCAGUGAUCUUGAGGAUGAUGAUACUGACCUAUCGGAUAGUAGACUGCUAGGAAGCAAGCCCACACACAGAAAGAAAGUUUCCUCAUCUAGUGAAUCUCAUGAAUGGAUUCAACUAAAUGAGAACUCUAAAGCUCAAGGUAGUCAACAGAAGACUGGCCAAUCUAUUCACCGGGAUAAAGAUUCCGAAGGCGAAGAAUCCAGUGACUGGCUCACUGUUGAUGAUGUUGAUUCAGACAGUUUGGCCACCAAUUGAUUCCUCUUAACUCUGUAAAUGUUUCUUUUAUUACUCUCAUAAAUUUAUCACCUUGUAGAUUUAUGUUGAUUUCUUUGAAAAUAAGUCAAAACAACUCCACACUCCCCAAACCCCCACCCCCUAAAGCAAAAAAAGGAAGAAAGAAAAAGAAAUAGAGAGAUCAGUUGACAUGAGUUUACAUGUAAUAGCUGACCCUCUGUGCCAGAAUUGGCAGAAAUUAGUAUUGCUGCUUGUUGGUUUGAUUUUCACUUGAUAUUGUACAUGAUAUUCUACUGUUUUUUUCAUAA